AUGAGUAAUUUUAAUCAUUCUCCACCAUGCACAGCCGAUACCACGUCACCUGUCUUUUCGAACUGUCCUUCGACUGUGACCGUUCAACUACCCAUCGGACAGGAAAAUUCUACAGCGACAUGGACACCACCUACUGCAUUGGAUAAUGAUGGUCAACCCAAUGUGGACUCGACAAGGUCUCCUGAAGAUGUCUUUGGUGUCGGGAUAUCACACGUGGUCUAUACUGCAACCGAUGACGUUGGGUUGCAAGCCACGUGCGACUUUAAUGUCAUCUUAACAGCUACCGAGGAUCAUGUUCCACCAGUCAUAUCCGAUUGUCCAUUUUCUGUGGUAGCUAAGGCUGGCAACCCUGGCGACCCAGUCACAUGGAAUAUACCCACCGCUGUUGAUAAUGGAGUCUCUGUUCCUUUAUCCAAUCGUUCCGAUACCGUCGCUCCUACACUCACCACAACCUGUCCUACCAGCGAUGUGUUUGCUAUUGCUGAACCUGGAGUCUUUACUGCAACAGCAACAUGGACACCACCAUCCGCAACCGAUGACAGGACAUUUCAGAAUGAUAUCAUUGUAAUAGCCACCAACAACCCGGGAGAUUCGUUUGGAGAGGGAACCACACCUGUGACAUACGUGUUUAUGGACCAGCAGGGUAAUUCGGUGAUGUGUCAGUUCAACGUUGUAUUCGUCCCAGAUCCAAAUAAUGAUGACCCCGACCCACCUGGGUUUACUGAAUGCCCAUCCAAUGUAGUGGUUGCAGCUCCAUUUGGUGCUGCAUCCGCCGUUGUGACAUGGACAGAACCGACAGCUAAUGCCAGCGAUGGACAGCCAACUGUCACCUCGAUUAACAACCCUGGAGGACACUUUCCAAUCGGAGUUACAGCUAUCACUUACACGGCUAUAGAUAUGAGUGGACUCCAGGCGUUCUGUACUUUCAAUGUGAUUGUGCGCGCAGGAGUUGUCGAUAACAUAGAUCCAGUCCUGACUUGUCCGGAUUUCAUACCACAACUAGUUGAACUUGGGACAGCGACGGUGGAACUUUCCUUUGAUGAUCCCACGAUCAUGGAUGAAUCCAAUACUGCAACCUUGUCUUCACGAAGCCAUGAAUUUCCGUUUAACUUCUCAGUCAGUGAACAGACAAUAGUCACGUUCAGUGCCAUGGAUCAAACCGGAAACGUGGGAUCUUGCUCCUUUUCAGUAUUCCUCAUAUCAGUUGAUACGAUUUCACCAGCCGUGACCUGUCCGGACACGAUGAACCUAACAGUAGAGCUUGGACAACUUUUCCUCGAUGUUUCCUUCCCGAAUGCUACUGCGACAGACGUUAGUGACGUCACGCUUCUGAAUCAGAGUCACGUUUCUGGUGACAUGUUUCCUGUGGGCGUGACAACAAUUGUGUCUUUCGUUUUCCAGGAUGAGAGUUCUAACCGCGGUGAAUGCAGCUUUCCAAUCACUGUCGAUGCUGUCGAUACUACACCUCCGAACGUCACCUGUCCAUCGACUUUAUUCGAGACAGUUGAACUCGGUUCCAACGGUACAGUCCUAACCAUUCCAAAUGAUACUGCUACUGCUACUGAUAUAUCGGGCAUACCAACUCUCCUGAGCAUUAGUCCAUCGUCGGGAUCAAUGUUCGCUAUAGGACCAACUCUUGUGACCAUCGUAUACACAGACACGAGCGAUAACCUAGGCAACUGUACAUUAACCGUCAACGUUACAACGCAGGAUACCACACCACCCAUGCUGACAUGUCCAGUAGACAUAUUCGAGACGAUUGAGCUUGGUCAGGGUCCACGGAAUGUGUCCUUUGAUGAUCCUGCCAUUUCUGAUGCUUCAAACACGGAGAUGAUUCUAUCACGAAGUCACAACUCGAGUUCCUUAUUUCCAGCCGGAGUGAUAACAACGGUCACCUUCACUGCUGGUGAUGAGAGCGGGAAUGAGGAUUCAUGUUCCUUCACUGUCUUGAUUAUGGAGGUUGAUUCAACGGAUCCGGUACUGACCUGCCCACCUGACAACACAGCAGAGGCUCAGCUGGGUUUACCAACCCUUCCUGUUUCCUUUGACAACCCGUCUAUCACGGACGACUCUAAUACUGCGAUAAUUACAUCAUCAAGCCAUACGUCUCCAGGACCGUUCACUGUAGGAGAAACAACCAGAGUUACCUUUACUGCAAGGGAUGAGAGUGGGAAUGAGGGUUCCUGUUCAUUCAAUAUCAAUGUCAAUACAAUUGACUCGACAGAUCCAGUUCUGACCUGCCCUCCAAACAUCAACAUGACCAUUGAAUUAGGACCAACAAAUGUCCCGAUUACUUUUCCCGAUCCUAUCGUCUUCGACUUCGCCGAUACCUCUUUAAUAACGAGUCACAGUUCACCCGGACCCUUCCCCGUGGAUGCAACCACUGUAGUCACCUUCACAGCCACUGAUCAGAGCAGCAAUCAGGGAACUUGCUCCUUUAGCAUCGAUUUCAAUAUAGUUGACAGGACAGCACCGACAGUCACGUGUCCAACAAGCAUCACUCGAAUAGUAGAUAGUCCCCAGUCUGCAAUGGUCACCUUUGACAAUGCCACAGCCACUGACCUAUCCAACAUGGUCAUGUUCAUUUCUCAGUCUCAUCAGUCUGGGAGCAUGUUUACCUUUGGAUUGUCAAUCGUUACCUUCACCUUUGAGGAUAAUUCUGGCAAUACAGGCUCUUGUGAAUUAUCAAUCACUGUAGAUACGGACCAGUGUCUGAGCUCUCCAUGUAUAAAUGGGGCCUGCAUUGAUAAUGUCAACAGUUUCAAUUGUGUUUGUGAACCGGGAUUCGAUGGGCCUAUCUGUGACACAGCGGACACUACACCGCCUGUAGUUACUUGCCCUAGGAAUAUCGAACGAACAGUAGAGGUGGACGACCAAGGUCCAUUUCAAGUGACAUUUGAUGACGCCACAGCUAUGGAUACAUCGGGCGUGGUCAAUCUGCUCAAUAGGUCACAUGACUCCGGUGACGACUUCCCCAUUGGACAGUCAGUGGUGUCGUUUGUCUUUGGUGAUGCCAGUGGAAAUUUCAUCGAGUGCAGCUUUCUUGUCUCAAUCAAUGCUGUUGAUGAAACCCCGCCGACACCUUCUUGUUCUGAUGAUCUGGUAGAGACAGUCGAGUCAGGAGUCUCUGGAAAGAGGGUGACCUUCGAACUUGUCACAGCUACCGACAAUUCAGGAAACGCUACACUUGUGACCCACAGUCCUGUCUCUGGGUCUCUGUUUCCAGUGGGUUCUACACCUGUAAUAUUCAUCUUUACUGAUGCGGCAGGGAAUCGGGCUUCAUGUUUCUUUCUUAUCAACGUCACAGAAGUUGACAUGACACCACCAGAGGCUACUUGUCCAGAGAACGUUACCGCCAUCGCACAAUCUGGUGCCAGCUACGCAGCGGUUACAUUCACUCCCCCAGAAGCUACCGACAACUCAGGGAUGACAAGUCUUGUCGGCGUUAGCUCAGCGUCUGGCAGCAACUUUACACUCGGCACAACUAUCGUGACCGCCACCUUCGAGGAUCCUUCAGGAAACAUUGGCACAUGCUCGUUUACGGUAGUCGUGAGUGGGGAAAACUCAACUGUCACCGUCAGCGACCUUGGUACCGACUUCUUCGAGCUGACUUGGACCAACGAUGUUAACAUGGGAAUCAGCGCCUACACCAUUAUUCUGUCAGAUGCCGAUGGUAUAGUUCUUCCCACAAGAAGCUUUGCGCCAUCACCGAUAAUCAUUCAGCGUUUCGAGCAACUCACACCAGGGACACAGUACAUGAUAGAUAUAGAUUCUUUCAUCAGUACUCCCGUCGACUUUGCUGCAUUGAACGUUGUCACGAGACCGAAGCGGGUAGAAAAUGUCACUGUGUAUGAACUCAGUGACUCCUCAUACUUCUUUCGAUGGGAUCCUCCCUCUCUUCCUGACAAUUUCUUCAUCGACUACAUUUUGAGGAGCAACAGUUCUGUAUCUGCAGCCGAUGAAAUACGUUUUCUGCCACCAAGAAAGAGUUACGGUCUGGGAGGACUGAUGUCAGGAGCUCAGUAUAUAUUUGAAUUCUUUACCGGUAUCGGACCAACGCUAAGUGGUUCCUCUGAUCUCUUGGAAAUUCCCCUAGGUACACAAGCCGGUAUGAACAUACGAGCUAUUACCGCCCAGGAAUUAGAGGUGUCCGGGAAUCCCCCUUCAGCAAUGACUCAAGUCAAACUGUUUAGUGAGGAUGGUUUGGAGGAACAUGAAAGGACGAUCGAACCUGGCAACAUAUCGUUGGUAUUCACAGAACUCCAACCUGACACAGUGUACACGAUGAUUGCUGUGUCAGAGGUUAUGGUAGUGUCUUCGGAAACCCGUAGAACAAAUCUACUUGAUGGGAUUUCUUCUACCACGGUUACAUCUGACUCGGUUGAACUGACAUGGACUGCCGUUCCCACGGCAACAUCUUACGAGAUAUCAUACAUCAGUCAGGAUACGACGACUGCAGAGGUUAUGUCUAUUCCGACGAGUCAGUCGAUGGCUUUAGUUUCGAACCUUCAACCACAGACAUUGUAUACAUUUUCUGUUGUGGCCGCCAAUGGAUCAGAAAGGACCAAUGUCGGCAGUGUGAGUACUGCUACAGGUACCGCGAAUCAGCCUCCCGUCCUAAACAACUGCCCAAACGAUACAUCCCAAGUACUACCAGAUACAUCGUCAUUCGUUUCUGUGUCUUGGACACCACCUACAGGAGUGGAUGACACUGGGACGCCACAAGUGUCUUCCACCAAUCAGCCUGGCAGUAUGUUUGAGUAUGGUCUGACCAUUGUGACGUACACAGCAAUGGAUAGUGAGGGUCUCUCUGUCAACUGUUCGUUCGUCGUUAACGUGACAGAUACAACACUUCCGGUAAUCAGCAUGUGCCCUAGUACCGCACUAGGCUUGCUUAUGCCAGAAGACAGUAUGGUUCAGGUAUUCUGGCCAAUGCCAAUGACCGGUGACAACUCUGGAUUGUCCACUUUGAUGUCGACUCACAACCCUGGUGAUUCAUUUCCUCUCGGAGAGACAACAGUUACUUAUACUGCAGUAGAUGCAGCCGGGAAUAUGGUGACAUGUAUCUUCAAUGUCUCAGUUGCGCCAGAUUCUACCAACCAGCCCCCAGUCUUGUCAGAUUGCCCUAUGGACGUGCCAGUAACCCUGACCUCUACCUCGUCUAAUGUGACUGCAACUUGGACACCACCCAAUGCCACUGAUGACAAUGAUACCCCAGUGUUGUCUACAACCCAUGAGCCAGGCAGCAUGUUCGGGUUUGGAUCAACAAUCGUCACCUACACCGCUACAGAUUCCGAGAACCUUACAGAUACGUGUAAUUUCACUGUGGUAGUUGGAGAUAACACUGAACCAGAUCUGACUGAUUGCCCAGUAGUAGACAGCCUUGUAGCCCCACAAGGGAGCUCAAUGGGCCGGGCUUUCUGGGAUCCACCAACAGCCGAAGACAACUCUGCAAUGGUGACUGUCAGUUCCAGUCAUUCCUCAGGAGACACUUUCCCUAUCGGACCUACUGACGUUGUGUACACUGCUACAGAUGCGGCUGGGAAUAAUGCAACAUGCAAUUUCACGGUCGUUGUCAGAGCGUUUCCAGACGAUCCCAUCCGUCUUGUUGACUGUCCACUUGGUGCGAAUGGAACCCUACCGAUGUUAUCAGACCAGGUGCAGGUGACAUGGGUACCUCCUACAGUAGCAGGUGGCGUUGGAGAAACCACACUCAUUUCUGAUGUACAACCAGACAGCCUGUUCCGCUAUGGUGAAAGAGAAGUUACCUACACAGCCACGGAUUCUGACAGUUUUACCAUCAGCUGUUCGUUCCUGGUAGUUGUAGCAGAUGUCACUGACCCGAUGAUAAAUGGAUGUCCAAUGCAAGUUACUGGUGAAGUUCCACAGGGAAGCACCGAGGUCUCUGUCACCUGGACCAUGCCAACUGCUGAUGACAACUCUGGAAUGUACACUUUCACGCCCACACGACAACCCAAUGACCAGUUCCGCGUAGGGAUCUUUGAAGUUGUCUACACCGCAACUGACCAGGCAGGAAAUUCUGCCCUGUGUUCCUUUCAGGUUAACGUCACACAGGCGUCAGGCGGCACACCAGGACCAAUGUUUGAUAGCUGUCCGUCCAGUGUUUCUGGAACUCUACCAUCAAGCUCGUCACAGGUAGCUGUGUCCUGGACGGUACCGAUGGUAACGGCUGGGACCGGUACGGCAACGGUCAAUUCUAAUCAUCAACCAGGAGAUCUGUUUGGGGUUGGCCUCAUAAGUGUCCUAUAUGAAGCCAUUGAUUCAGGUGGACUCAUGGACUCGUGCUCCUUCGAAGUCAUAAUCACAGACAUGUUCGACCCAAUAAUCAGUGAGUGUCCUGCCGGCGCUACCGCAGUGGUUCCACAGGGAAGUACGAAUGUAAGUGCUUACUGGAUCUCACCGAAAGCUGAAGAUAACUCAGAAAUGGUAACCCUGACGUCAGAAAGUUCUCCGGGUGAUGUCUUUCCCGUCGGGUCAUUUCAAGUCGUGUAUACAGCCAGAGAUACAGCAGGAAAUACAGCUUCAUGUCGUUUCCUUGUUAACGUGACUAUGUCGACAGGAGAAAUCAAUCCAGGACCUGAACUUAUGAACUGCCCAUCAGAUGUGGACGCAACCUUACCACCUACUUCGUCUGAGGUAGCUGUAACUUGGGAGCCACCCACUGCAACAGAUGAUGCAAGCACACCUAUAGUUACGUCAGAUAGAGAACCUGGCAACAUGUUUGGAUUUGGUUCAACUACGGUGACGUAUACAGCUAGAGAUUCCCAAGGAGUUGGAGACACGUGCUCUUUUAUUGUCCAGAUAGGGGAUUUGAACAAUCCUGUCAUCCUUGGUUGUCCUACUGCUGGUGUCACUGGUGUCCUUCCUCCUGGUAGCUCCACUGUUCCGGUAUCCUGGGCUGAACCGACCCAAAUGGACAAUUCUGGAAUGUCAACUUUCAUGUCCACUCACAUACCAGGAUCACCAUUUCGUGAAGGCACUACGGAGGUUCUCUACACGGCAGAAGAUAUUGCUGACAAUUCAGCGGAGUGUAGUUUCAUCGUUACUGUAACGUCAUCAGGCGUGAUAAAUCCACCCCCGGUAAUCUCAAACUGCCCUUCUCGCAUCCUGGGAGCGCUUCUACCGAAUUCGGACAAAGUGUCCGUCUCUUGGACCGCGCCAACAGCUACAGACAACACUGGAACACCCACGCUGAUAUCCAACAUUCAACCUGGCAGUCUCUUUAGCUAUGGCAUCACGACAGUCACCUACAUGGCCGAGGAUGACGGAGGAGCUGUUGCUACCUGUUCAUUUAAUGUACAAGUUCAAGAUGUGACCCGUCCUGUCAUAAGUGGCUGUCCGUUCAGUGCCUCAGGAACCCUGUUACCAGGCGCCACCACCGUAGCAGUGACAUGGACACCACCCACUCAGAUGGACAACUCGGGCAUCUCCUCUUUAACCUCCAGCCAUGCGCCAGGCACGAUGUUUCCUGCAGGGGAGACUGAGGUCACCUACACUGCCAUAGACACUCCCGGAAAUACAGCUCAGUGUUCCUUUAUCGUCACAGUCACAUUGCUAUCAGCUGUAAGAUGCAUAGUUCCUGCCGUCACCCCUAAUCUUAACAGCAUUGGUGACCAGUGUAACGGACCAGUAGCUAUUACCUUCAAUGCACGAUGCAAUUUCCAAUGUGAUUCUGGAUACACUGUUGUCGGAGAUGCCUCUCUUUCCUGUGGCAUGGACGGGAUGCUAGUCGGGACGUUCCCCACGUGUCAAGAAACAAAUGAGUGUAGGACGAGUACACCUUGUGGGGAUCCAAACAGCUUCUGUCUAAACACCAUAGGAUCAUAUACUUGCCAGUGUAAUGAAGGUUAUCAACGAGAUACGGAUGACAGCUGCCGAAGACUACAAGGUUGUUCAGUCACUACUUGUCAAAAUUCUGGAAACUGCGUCGAUGGUUCAAACGGGCCCGUCUGUCAAUGUCCAAACACGUUCACUGGCUCCCUGUGCCAAAUCGAUUUGGCGUGUGGGACUGUCACUUGUCAUUCUUCACAAGCAUGUGCAAACGGGCAAUGCGUAUGUCCUGAAGGUACACAAUUUCUCCAAGGCCAAUGCCAAGACGAAUGUUCGGUAUCAUGUGACCAGUUUACAGAGACAUGUGAUCAGACAUCGAAUGGUUUUACGUGUUCCUGCCGACCAAACACAGCUCGUAGCUACUGGACAGAUCAGUGUAUUAUAAGAGUACGGAUGUUUAUUGUCAGGUUUGCAAUUACUCGAAUCGGAUUGCAGCCCGUAGACUUCAAUCCGAAUUAUGCAAACCAGCAAAGUGCGGAAUACAUAGCAGCAGCUUCUGCAAUCCAAAAUCUUUUGCCACAAAUUUUGCUAGCCCAAGGAGUUCGGGGUAUCAUCAAUGUUGGAGUAGGACGUUUUUUCCUAGGAAGCUUGAUGGCAGAGGUCAAUAUUCCUGUUAGCGAUGAAUUCACGGGUGAUGCUAAUACCAUCAGAGACGCCAUCGCUUCCUACCUGAGCAGCAAUCUUAAUAAUAUUGACGAUGGAACUCAUCAACUUGAAAUACAACCACAAAUACAGGCUGAAGAAACAACAGUAGUCAAUGAAUGUGCCGACAGCGCCUCCAACGACUGUUCAAUUAAUAGUAUCUGCAUCAAUGAUGAAACUGGAGUCGGGUAUACCUGUGAUUGCCGACAGGGGUUUCUUGAUCUCUACCCAAACACACUACCGGGACGAAAUUGCGUGACUGUAGUCACAGAUAUCAAUGAGUGCAGUAGUAGCACAGCUUGUAGUGAUGUCAAUAGCUUCUGCCUGAACACCAUUGGCUCAUUUUUGUGUGUCUGCAACGAAGGAUAUGAAUUGGCCACUGAUGGGGGCUGCCAAGCACGAGUUAGGCAGUGUUCAAUCAUUUCAUGUCGGAAUUCGGGCACCUGUUCCGUCGGGACGACAGAGCCUGUCUGUAACUGUUCAACUUCUUUUGCUGGACCAGCUUGUGAAAUAGAUCUUCGUUGUGGGACCAGUACCUGCCAUAUCUCUCAAGUAUGUUCCAAUGGCCAAUGUACAUGCCCAGAGGGAACUGAACUAUUCCUAGGUUCAUGCAGAGACCAAUGUUCCCCAUCAUGUGAAGUAUCGAGGGAGACAUGCAUACAGACAACCACCGUUAGCCAUACGUGUGAAUGCAGAGCAAGCAGAGACCGUAGUUAUUUGACUAAUCAGUGUUUGACAAGAGCUCAAGAGUUUUUCAUCAGAUUCGUAAUUUCAGAAAUCGGAAUCUCAGCCGUAGACUUUAACGUGCAGUUUUCAAACGAGCAAAGCCAGGAAUACCAAGCGGCAUCAGUUGCAGUUAGUAACCUGCUUCCUCGGGUUUUACUUGCCCAAGGAAUUCGAGGAAUCAUCAACGUCGGGGUACAGCGUUUCUUCUCCGGUAGUUUGGGCGCGGAAUGUAGGGUACCUGUCAGUGCGGACUUCGUUGGUGAUGAGAAUACUAUCCUAGCAGCACUCCGAUCUUACCUCGGUGACAAUGAUAACACGGUCAGUGACGGCUCCUUUCGGCUUGAGAUACCAGGGGAUUCAGUUACUAGCACAGAUGCGGAUGCAACGACACGUAUGCCAGUUCAAACCGGUGGAGCAGUAUCUGAAGAGGUCAACAUUGGUCUGAUCGCCGGGAUUGUUGCAGCCGUUCUGUUACUCAUAAUCAUCGUAGUGAUCGGUAUUUGUAUUGUCUUCGCACGUUUCCAUAAUCAGGGACACAUGAGACGUAAAAUCACGGCUAGGCCUGAAGACUACGGGACUGAUGAUUUGAUGUACCGCCUUGCUGCUUCAGUUCCUAAUGUUUACUUUCAAAGGCCUGGAUCGAUCGAAAACACAUCUCUUCCUCCCCUUUCUCCUCCUCAAGGGAACAACCCUUCACCUCAAAAGGCAGAACGCAAGCGUCGUAAAAGGAAGGGGCCGUUCUUUCACCACCCUGCUUGAGUGGUUGACACCCGAAACCGUUAUGAUGAAUGAAAUUGAUUUUCGUAGAACACAUCCUGGAGGAGACUCAGAACAUCAAUGUGGACAUUAAACGAAAUUUAGUUUUUUAUUCAUGUACAUAAGAAUUAUAUACUCAGAAGUACUCUUAAAAUAUUGGCCCUGUAUUAAGAGCAUGCUUGAAAAAGUGUAGUAAAAUAAUAAACGAAAUAAAGAUGUUGAGUUAACGUAAUUGUUAUGGACUUUAUAUAAUCUGCAAAAUGAUUUAGAAUGUUAGGGAGAGUUUAUGUGAAUGCAUUCAUAAAGAUUAGAAAUGGGUUCUUACAACAUCAGAGCCUGAAUGUUCUCUUUUCGAUUCUAUACAAAAUAAAAGGAUCUAUUCAUGAAUUAAUCUUCGAGGCUCUUUUCACGUUGACAGUUAUUCAGUGCUGUGAUAAUCUAUAAAUAAAAGUUUUUUGUCGGUUUAAGUGUUCAAAGAAUCCAUGAUACUUAAACUUGGUAAUGUUUUGGUGUCAUAGAUCCAAAGCCCAGUUUCAUAAAACUUAUCAAUAUCAGGAUACGAUACUUGUUAUUAUCUAAUGACAUCUGUACACGUGAUUGGCAAUGAGAGGAUUUGUCAUUGAUCUGGUUCGGUCGUUAUUGAUACCCCCCCCAAAAAAAAAAA